AUGAAUUUAAUUUCAUAUAAUAUUAGAGGUGGUGGGAUUCCUUCGAAACGGAAGCGAAUUAGUUUUCUCCUAAAGUCCAGUAGGAUAGAUGUCAGCUUUAUACAAGAAACAAAGUUGCAAAGAUUCAAUGACGUGUUGGCUUUUUUGUUUUGGGGCGGAAGAGAUGUGGAGUGGAUGACGUGUAAUUCAGCGGGAGCGUCGGGAGGGCAAGGCUACAACUUGGUGAACGUUUAUGCUCCUUCCAAUGCGGUGUCAAGAAGAUGUAUGUGGGAAAGUUUGGUGAAUAGGAAGGCUAAUAGCGGGAAAGAAGAAUGGUGUCUUGGAGGUGACUUUAAUGAAGUGUUGAGUGGUGGUGAAAGACUAGGGGAGGAAGGAUUUUUGAAUAGGAGAGGUGUGGAGGAUUUCAGAGCUUUUGUCAAAGAAAUGGGGCUGGUUGAUGUUCCUUGUGUGGGAGGGCGGUAUACUUGGUUCAAAGGUAAUGGUAAGGCCAUGAGUAGACUUGAUAGAUUCUUGGUUGCCAAAGAUUUCAAGGAUUUCAUUAAAGUUGAAUGGGCUAAUUUGCGUGUGUCGGGAAGAGGAAACUAUGUGUUGUAUGAAAAGCUAAAGAGGUUGAAAGAGAGGUUAAGGGUGUGGAAUCGAGAAGUUUUUGGGUGGAUAGAUUUAAAGGUGAGUGAGGAGGUGGAUAACAUAAACGAUUUGGAUAAUCUUUUGAUAGAUAAGUUCGGUGAAUCGAUUGAUAAUUUGGUAGUGGAUAGGAGAGAAGCUUCUAGCAAAAUGUGGAAGUGGAUUAGUAUGAAGCAGAGUAUGUUAAGGUUGAAAUCAGGACAACUUUGGUUGGAAGACGGGGACAAAAAUACACGUUUCUUUCAUAAUUCGAUAAAGGAGAGGUAUAGAAGAAAUGCAAUAUCUUUGUUGGAAGGAGAAGAUGGAAGGGUGGAAGGUAUAGAGGAAAUAAAACAUGAAGUUAAAAGGUACUAUGAAGCUUUUUUCAAGGAAGAGAAUAUGAAUAGAGCUGUCUCAGAAGGAAUCAACUUUAAAUCAUUAUGCGAGAGCGAAAAAGAGUGGUUGGAGCGACCGUUUUUGGAGGAGGAGGUUAAACAAGCGAUUUGGUCUUGUGAUGGUAGUAAGAGUGUCGGUCCGGAUGGGUUCUCGCUUGAGUUUUUCAAACAAAAUUAG